CACUGCUUUCUGAAAGUUUUAUAAAAAACUGUAUUAAUGAAAAACAGCUGUCCAAUUAUUAUUGUUAGUGACGUCAUCUGUUUCACAUUAAAAAACUAAACUUCAGUUUGUUGAAGAAACUAAUGUUAAUAACCGCGUGCUUUUAUUCUGAAGGCCGGAAGUGUGUCUGUUGUCGCGGUUCUGUUGACAGCGGGUCCGGGUCGAGGCGGGAUCAGCUGCUGGGAUCUGAGUCAGAACUUCCCGGACAACAUGAGAACUCCCAUUCAGGAGCAGAAGACUGGACCCGGCUGAUCCGGACUCACCUGGACUCAGGUUCUGGAUCCAGGUUUGAGAAGAGAACCUGAAGCUGGACCAUGCAGGUCUCAGGUGGACCCCCCUCCAUGGCUCUGGAGAUCAAGCUGGGAGCUCUGGUGGUCCUGCUGUCCGUCACGCUGCUGUUUGGCUUCCUUCCUGUCUGCAUCAUCAGAGGGGCGGGGCAAUGCAGCGUCCAACCAGAUGUUCGGCGCCGGUGGAUCAGUCUGAUCAGCUGUUGUUCGGGGGGCGUGUUCUUGGCGACCUGCAUGUUGGACCUCCUGCCUGAUUACCUGCAGGGGAUCAAUGAGGCCUUCAGCACCGCCGGGAUUAAUCUCCAGUUCCCUCUGCCGGAGUUCAUCGUGGUCUUGGGCUUCUUCCUGGUUCUGGUUCUGGAGCAGAUCUUCCUGGACUUUAAGGACCGGUUCUCCUCUCAGCCAGAGGAGCGGCGGUCUCUGUUGGGGGCUUCCAGCCUUCAGGAGGAAGAGGGGCGGGGCCAGCGACCCCGCCGAGGCUCGGACCCAUCUGAUGGUCACUUCCAUGGUGAGCUGGUCUCCCAGUCCACCCUGAGGUCCCUGGUCCUGGUCCUGUCCCUGUCCCUGCACUCAGUGUUCGAGGGGCUGGCCCUGGGGCUGCUGGAGGAGGACCAGGAGGUCCUGGAGGUCCUCGUGGCGCUGCUGAUCCACAAGAGCAUCAUGUCGUUCAGCCUGAGCCUGCAGCUGAGUCAGGGGGUGCUGCAGCGCCGCAGCGCCCUCACCUGCCUGCUGCUGUUCUCCAUCAUGUCACCGCUCGGCGUCGCAGUGGGCGUCGGCCUCACCCAGACCCAGACGUCCCCCCGACACCGACUGGCCCGCUGCACGCUGGAGGGCGUGGCCACGGGCACCUUCAUCUACAUCACCUUCAUGGAGAUCCUGCCUCACGAGCUCUCCUCCAGCAGGGACCGCCUCCUCAAGGUGGUCCUGAUGCUGCUGGGCUUCACCGUGGUUACCGCCGUGCUCUUCAUCCACCUGUAACCACGGCAACGCCACCUUUCACCACACCUGUGUCAGGGUCCGGGUCCUGUCAGGGUCCUGUCAGGGCCCCAGGUCCUGUCAGGGUCCUGUCAGGGUCCAGGUCCUCUCAGGGUCCUGUCAGGGUCCUGCCGGAUCCUGUCCAGGUCCUGUCAGGGUCCUGUCAGGGUCCGCGUCCUGUCAGGGUCCUGUCAGGGCCCCAGGUCCUGUCAGGGUCCAGUCAGGGUCCUGUCAGGGUCCGG